UACAUUAUCGACGCUCGGUGUGCGUCUACACAGCUAAUGAGCGAUUCACGCAAUGUGUUUGUUAUUGUAAUAUAAUAUUAUGAUAAUUCAAUUAAUACAAAUUUUAUGCAAAACGCGCUAAACAUCCUCGGUUUCAUGGUUCACGUUUAGGUUUAUUAUAAUAAUAUAUCGAAGUGCCGUAAAGCAAUGGAUGAGUGUGUAUGUUAAAAAAUGAUUGAGAUUCCCAAAUAAAUAUUUAAAAAAUCUACAAUAAAUUUUCAGAACAAGAUAUUAAUUUAAUUCUUCGAUUAGUGUCGUGAUUCUUAAUAGUAAACAGAAAAUGUAACACCAAAGUGUUUAUGUCGUCUCCGUUUCUUAAGAUAAAAUGUUUCAAUAACUUAGUGAUUACAAACGUCGGACAUUUGGUCGCCUUUAGGCUAACCUCAUUACGGAAUUAAAGCGAUUGUGGGGCGAGUUUACGGAGAGAACCUCUCAAUUUCGUUCGGUUGAUCGUAGUGUUAACAGUCGUGGAAGCACACACAUACACAAGUGGAGCAGCAUGAUGGAGAAUUCACAGCUUCAGGUACGAACACUCGGGCUCGGUAUCGCUUGAUCGAGUGAGCCGCACUCAGUUGAUCACAAACGCUUCAGCGCAUCGCCAAUAUUAACUGGUACGGAGAAACGCAAGCCUGUAGCGACUUGCUUGCUAAGUACGUAGAGUUUUUGUGUAGAGAUUUUGAGAAAAUACUGAGCAAAAAAAGCCUAUAAUUUUUGUUGUAUUGCUCCAAGUGCAAACGAGUUGUGUGUGUUCCUCGUCAAUAAAUAUACAAAUGAAUUAAGAAAAAAUUCACUUAACUGUCAUGCAAAUGAAUGUGUAAUUAAGUAAAUACUCGUACAUAUUUAUGAGUGAAACGAAAAAUGGAAAUUUUACACUAAGCUUUUGUCGACAUUCAACAAGUACGAAACAGAGCUUUAACUGAGCAACGGAGUUCGACGUGAUUAAAAGAAGGGGGUGGGAAAAAAGAACUGCAAUACAUACACACGUAAAACAAAAUGAAAAAAACAUAGUGUAAAUUUAAUAAAAUCAAAUCUAUAAUAAUAAAAAGUGUGAAUUAAGACACUCCAAAGAGUGUUGUGCUAUUUAGUGUAAAACAAGUUACUCAAGCUAAGGCGAUAAAUCAUUCCUACAAAUGAUGAUUGUUUUGCCGCCAUAAAAAGCCCAAUUCUAUAGCCCCUGAGCCAAGAAAUAGUUGUGAAAUGUCGCCGGAUAUAAAAACAAUAUAAUAAUAAGUAUCAAAAGCAUUUCGGCAAUGAUAACUGGGGACUGUUGAAAAUAUGUAAUGCAAUAAAAGCGAAAGUGCAUGUCUUAGCAAUAACAGUAUUCCGAACUCAAGUAUUGAUUACGACGUUCUGUACAAAGAUUAAAAAAAAAUGCAUUUAAAGAAUGAUAAUGAAAUGAACUCAAAUCCUCAAAUAAGUGCUCAUCUGAAUGUUGAAUCGGUAGCAGUGAAACCAAGCGCAUUUAGUGCCACAUCAGCAGGAGACGAGGCAGCAAUAACACCCUCAACCUCGUCAGCUGGCAGUUGUGCCUCUUCAACAGACUCUGGCGUUAUCAUUACCGACUACAAAAGUCUAAAAGUCAACAAUGUUGAUAUCAAUCGCGACAAUUUCAAUUGCAAUGGUACAAGUGGCAACAACGCAAAAGAUAACAGCAACAGCAAUAUCGUCAACGGCUAUGACGACAAGCGGCGGCGGAGUGUGGAAAGUUUGAAAACAAACAAGAAUAUUACAAUAAAUACACAAAUUGACAAUAAUAGCAUAAAUAUUGAAAAUGUAAUCAAUGUGCGGCGGCAACGAAACUCAUCCGGCAGCAGGGCGUCUUCGAAGAAUGGCUCGCCGGCAGUGUCGAUACGCAGUAAUACCAUAUCGAUCAUAUCGAUUGAUGAAAAUGCCAUCGACUCCAGUGUCGUCGACUCGGACUCGGACUAUGAAGGACAAUACAGCGGGUGUGUUGUGAAAAAGCUUGGUCAGCAAACAACCUACGAACCAAACCACCCCAAUUUGCCGAAUAUUAAUAAAGGCAUGCAAGUGCUAAGUCAGACUAUAAGUCCUGGUGCAAUACCCCCAACAGCCGGCCCACUAUCCGAGACGAUACUCAAUGGUGGUGCGCUUGCACCCCCCGUACUCGGCCCUCCUACGUCGCCGAGUUCAGCGCAAAUCGGUAGCAUCGCACUCUCGAAUUCCACAGAUGUUACCUUCGGCGAUAAGCAUUUUUACGAGGGUCCCGUAACGAUACAACAGUUUCUCAUUGAUAGUCGUGAUAAAUGGAAAAACGGUGAAGAGGGAAGUGAUAAUCCUGCCUUCACUGGCGAUCCAGAAAACGGCGAAAAACCUAAUAGUUCAUCCACACCGCCCGAAACUUCAUAUAUAUUCAAUUUUCAUCGGCGAGCUGUCAUCAUUACCGGCACUGUAAUACUACUCACAAUAUUAGCUGGUAUAGCUAUAGUCACGGUGAAUGCUCUCACAAAACAGACGAUUCGAAAAAGUAAGCUUCUAGGCGAUGGCGACGAUUCCAGAAAGCAUAUUCCAAUCAAUUCAACAAUAGCGGAUGAUAACGUGGGAGGGGGCAAGAUAUUGCGAAUUGUUCCACGUGAUGCCUGGUUAGCCCAGCCGCCUUCAAGUGAUCCGUUACCUYUGGCGACACCCGUCAAAAAAGUCAUUGUUCUACCGACGCGCACUGAUGAUUGUGAAACACAGGCCAUGUGCGUUUACCGGGUGCGCAUGACACAAACUCUAAACAUCGAAUCUCAAAAUCACGAUGAUAUUAUCUACAACUUUCUAAUUGGCGGCGAUGGCAAUGUGUAUGAAGGUCGUGGAUGGGAUGCGAUCGGUGCCCAUUUGCGCGGCUUCAAUUCGGAUAGUAUUAGUUUCGCCUAUAUUGGUACUUUUAAAAAGCAGAAACCUGCGGAAAAGCAAAUGGACGUCACCAAAUUGCUGCUUGASGAAGGUGUGCGACUUGGUAAACUCUCGCAGGAUUAUAAGAUAUAUGGAGCAUAUAUGUUGGAUCCGACUUCGACGGAUGUUCAGUCAGAUGAGUUGUACAACAGCUUCAAGGGUUGGCCACAUUGGUCUGAAUACGUAGCUCAGUAAGGCGCAAUAUAUGUAUAUGUACAUAUGUAUAUUGAAUAAGUAUAUAGGUGUCAUUGGAAUCUAAAUAAAUGUUUAUAAAAUUUUUAUGAAAUUUCUCAAAUUUUGUCCUAAUAAUAAUAUAUAAAGUGUGUUUCUAAAGUAGUUUUCAUAUUUCUACAUUAGUAAAUAUAUAAGUAAUUAAUUGUGAAUGUUAGCUUUUAAGWYAGAUUUAAGAAUUUUAACAAAAGCUYGACCGAAAUUGUGAGCUCAUUUUGAYUUGGUAGAUGUUUUCAUACUUUGGAGCGUGUUUGUACCGAAAUCGCCCGUUUUUAUAGAUCAUGGCAAUCUCAACAAAUGUUUAUAAUAUUUUUAUGAAAUUUCUCAUUUCUAUUUCUCUCAAGUUUUGUGAUAAUAGUUACAAAGAAUUUUUUCUAGUCAAAAAUACAAGCAUUUAAACACAAUUUUUUUUUUUACAAAAUUUUUUAUUAUAUUGUAAAGUAAUGAAAGAAUAGCUCUCCCGCGUUUUUAAAUUGAAGUCAUUACGAGACAGAGUUAAAAUAUCAUUUGUAAUUCUCAUAAAAUUAUAUAAAUUGUGAUAUUUGAAAUAGUUUUUAAUGGCAAUUUUGCAAAUCAAAAAAUUGUAACUACUAAUGUAGUUUCGAACAACAAUAACCAUCAAUAUUAGCAAUUCAUUCAUAAUGGCAUAGUGACUAACUGAAUUCUUUAACCUCAUAAUAAAUUAAUAAAAACAAUC